AUGCCGACGCUCGCUAUCAACAACUUCAACAUUGUGUGCGCCACUUUGGGCGGCUUCAUCACACUUUUUGGGCUUGUGAGCUAUUUGAUGAAGGAGAAGUUUUAUCUGAGUGAAGCGUUGAUAUCACUUGUCGCCGGCGUCAUAUUCUCCCCCCAUGGCACAAAUUGGAUCAGACCAGAAGACUACGCACUAAAUGGCGAUCACACGCUCGACACCAUCACCCUCUACUUCACCCGCCUGGUGCUGGGCGUCCAGCUCGUUCUCGCAGGCGUACAGCUUCCCUCCAAGUACCUAAAGACCGAAUGGAAGAGCUUGUCGCUCCUGCUUGGUCCGGCCAUGACGGUCAUGUGGCUCGUUACCAGCGCCAUUGUUUACGCCUUGGUCCCGCACAUCACUUUUCUGCAAGCCCUUGCAGUAGGCGCGUGCGUCACGCCUACGGAUCCUGUGCUUUCGAAUUCGAUUGUUAAAGGAAAAUUUGCGGAUGCGAAUAUUCCAAAGGAGCUGCAGAAGAUUAUUGUAGCGGAAUCUGGGGCGAAUGAUGGGUUGGGGUAUCCGUUUUUGUUUUUGCCAUUGUAUCUUAUUCAGCAUACCGCACAUGGUGGGGCGGGCUCGGAUGGGAGUACGAGGGUUGCAAUGGGGCUUUGGUUUGGGGAGACGUGGGGGUAUACGAUUGUGCUGAGUGUGGUGUAUGGUGCUGCGGUCGGGUGGGUUGCAAAGGAGUUGCUGCAUUGGGCUGAGGAGAGGAAGUAUGUGGAUCGAGAGAGCUUUUUAGUUUUUGCGAUCACUUUGGCGCUCUUCAUUGUUGGCACGGUAGGAAUGAUCGGUAGUGACGACGUACUUGCAUGCUUCAUUGCUGGCAACGUAUUCACCUGGGAUGACUGGUUCCGUCUCGAAACUAUGGACGACUCUUUCCAGCCUACUAUCGACAUGUUGCUUAACGUUUCUGUCUUCAUCUGGCUCGGCGCAGUCUGCCCCUGGGACCUUUUCGCCAACUCCCCUGUCAUUUCUCUCUACCGGCUGAUUCCUCUGGGAAUCCUCGUCUUGCUCCUCCGCCGUUUACCAAUCGUCUUCGCACUGCACAAGCAGAUUCACCAGAUUGAGCAAAGGCGCCAGGCACUCUUUGUCGGUUUCUUCGGCCCCAUUGGCGUCAGUGCUAUUUUCUACCUCUACGUCAGUAUCGAGUUUCUGGAUACCAUUAUCGUAGAUGGGAAGGUCAGGGAAGAUGCAGCAUACUUGGCAGAAGUGAUAAAAGUGGUGGUUUGGUUCUUGGUCAUCUGCUCAGUCGUUGUCCACGGCCUUUCCAUCCCAAUGGGCAAACUAGGUCUCCAACUUCCCCGCACCCUCAGUACCGCUCUUUCCUUCGCCCGCACCAGCUCCUCCGGUCCCAACGAUUCCCAACCUUCCUUCCACGUCCCCAAUUACGGCACUACCACUGAUGCCGAUACCCGUAUCCAUCGUAGCCCUGGCUUUUCCCGCAGCUUGAGUGGUUCGCUACCUAGCCGUGUAGUCAGGAUUGGCAGGAGUUUUAUCAGGAGUGGGACGAAUACGCCAAACAUAUCCAGACCACCUAGUACAUGUCGACCAGAAAACCGACCCCCGAUGCCGCUGAGUGAUGUAAAUCCUGCAGGUGGUCGACAGGAGGAUGGGCAAUCUAGUGGUAUUUACGUAGGAGAGGGGAGUGCACUUGAGGAACGGGUUAUUCCUGGACGUACGAUUAGGUUUCAUGACGAGCAGGCGGUGGCGGCGGGUGGGAGUAGACGUGAGGGUACAGAUGAUGAGUGA